AUGACGCGGCUAAUCAUUCGAGACGAUCCGAGGGCUGCGUCCCAAUACAUCGCCGACUAUGUCAUUGAGCGCAUCAACACCUUUGCCCCAACGCCAGAAAGACCCUUUGUCUUAGGUCUGCCUACUGGGAGCAGCCCUGUCCUGAUCUACGAGCAUCUUGUACAGCGCCACAAAGCGGGCCAAGUCUCCUUCCGCAAUGUGGUCACGUUUAAUAUGGACGAGUAUGUCGGCAUCCCGCGUGAUCACCCCGAGAGCUACCACAGCUUUAUGUAUAAGCACUUCUUCUCCCAUGUCGACGUGAAACCCGAGAACAUCAAUAUCCUCAACGGGAACGCACCUGACCUGGAAGUCGAAUGCCAUGACUACGAAGAGAAGAUCCAACGUGCUGGUGGCAUCGAGCUGUUCCUCGGCGGCAUCGGGCCAGAUGGACACAUUGCCUUCAACGAGCCUGGUUCCAGCCUCAAGUCUCGGACCCGCGUGAAGACUCUUGCAUACGAUACCAUUCUGGCCAACUCAAGGUUCUUCGGAAACAACCUCGAUCAGGUGCCGAAGAUGGCAUUGACCGUGGGCGUGCAGACUGUUCUUGAUGCGCGCGAAGUCGUGAUCAUCAUCACAGGCGCACACAAGGCCCUAGCUCUUCAGCGGUGCAUCGAAGGCGGCGUGAACCACAUGUGGACGCUGUCCAGUCUCCAGAUGCACCCGCACCCGAUGAUCGUCGUCGACGAAGACGCCACACUGGAGCUGCAAGUCAAGACCGUCAAGUACUUCAAGAGCAUCGAGCGCGUAGGCUCCGAACUAGGCAUGCGCCAGAAGCUCCCCAGAAAGCGCGACUCGCUUGUGGACGAGGGGACCCUGCUAGCCCCUGACCAGCCAAACGGUAUCAGAUUGACUGUGCCGCAAGUUGAUCUCUCCCGUUCAGCAAGUCCCGUCCUGGAGCCAAUGAGCGCCCGCCUCUCCGACGACGAGGCAAGCGCUUUGCAAUUGCGUUCCAUGGAAUCGGAUUUGGACGAUGUCGCUGAUCAGCCCUCGGUCCGAAUGAGCGCUCGCGUCGCUAGCUAG